UCCUCACUACUCACCUCUUCGCUUGAGUCUUGACUCUUGACACUUACUGCGAUUUUACCGUUAAAAGACGCUAUUGAAGAAAAGCUGCGCAAUAAAAGUAUUAAAAACAAUUAUACUACAAACCGUACAGAUUUGUAAGGCGUAAUUAUGCAGAAUUUUCCCGGUGGUGAUUACAAAAAUGUUUCAGAAAACGAGCGUAAAGAUAAGUCUGAUCUUCAUACUCAUAUGAAAAACCUCGAUGACUCCUUCAAUGAUGAUUCCUACAAAGGGAAGGCUCAAGCUAAAGUGGAUAAAGAUAUUAAAUAUCGUCAUGAACUAAAAGAGCAGUGUGAGGACAACUAUAAGAGGGCGCAGUAUGAUUAUGAGGAGUCGCAUGCUGAGACAUCAAGAAUCCAACAGGCUGGGAACUAUAUGACAGAACAGUAUCACCAAGAUCUUCAACAAAAACAUGAUGAUUCAGUAAGACUUCACGACGAUAUUGAGAGUUUUAAGAAAGACUGUGUCGAUUUUAGGGAAUUGCAAACAGCAUUGAUAAAUGUAGAGGAAGACCGAAUUGAAAGACAGAGCCACGAGAUCUCUGACAGGAGUUUAGUGGUAGAUCACGAGAGGGAGAGGAAACUUAAAGACAAGGACGAAUUGAACACCAGAAUGUGUACUCGUAUGGUGGCUAAUGAGGUGGAUCGCCAAAAUCGUGAAGAUGUCAGAACCGUCAAGCACGAAGAUGAAGAUCGUGAGAAGUUACGCCGAGAGGACGUGAUGGUUUACGAGAAGAAACAAGAGGAUAAAAAAGAACUGAGUGACGGUCUUCUUACGCAAAUAGAGGAGAACAAGCAAUCUGUGCGGGAUGAAAAGCAGAGGGAACUCAAUUUUAGUGAUCGGGCCAACGCUCUGAUGGAACUGGAAGACGAGAGAGAAGAAGAGAGAGCUCGCAGGAAGAAGGAAAGGGACGACCAGUACUUUGCGGACUUGAGACAGCAGAUCGCGGACAACGCGGUUCGCAGGCAGAAGCAGAAGGAACAGGACGCCAUGUAAGGUGAGAAGAUGGUGGUUAGGGCUACGUGCCCGAGCUUGAAGACUGCAUACAAAAUCUCAUUAUAAAGCCUGCUAUUUUUAUUAACUUAGCAUUAGUCAUGUUUUGUAUUUUGCACAUCUAAUGUAUGCUCACUUAAAAUUCUCUCCGACUCAGAUUCACAAUGACAUCCGAUAGAUGGCGCUGAAGCCUGACAUUCCGUAUUCUAACCUUAGGGUCGUGUCAGCUGUCACGAUUCGACAUUAACUGACAGCGCAUUGGAAGUAAAUACAUCUCCAAAUGCACCAUAUUUGCAAUCAAAAAAAUCUGAAGUUUAACAAAUUUCUACUUGUUACGGAGAGAUGAGACUCGGCGAGAGGUUCUCGAGGACUGUGCGCUCUUCAUUGAAUAAAAUCACUUGAAUUAGAAAAUAUGGAAACGGAGGAAUAUUAAAUAAAUGCUCUAAAACAAUGUAAACAUUUUGGAGCAUUAGGAAAGCUCAGCUUUUCGUAGUUGCAUUUAAAUUUUGCCUUUUGCCUUUAAUAUGGUGAUAUAGUCAUUAUUAUCGGGCUUAUGCUUUGAUGUGAAAAAUAAAUAUUGGAACUAAA